AUGGAAAACGUGCGCGACUCCCACCUUGAGAGCGGUCAAGGUGACCUAUCAUCACCACCUCCAGACACAGGCAUCAUAACGUACCAAUAUUCGAAUCUGAAUCUGUCCUGGAUCCAACCUGGGAAUUUCCAUCCAUACCAAAUAGACAAUAUUCGCCAACCGGAUGAUCAGGCAAUUCAUCUGUCAUCCUCCCUAUUAACAGCUCAGCUGCUCGAACAAAGGGGGGACACCUACAGUGCAGCCGAGCUAAGUGACAGCUGCUCCUCCUGGUUGUCUUUCAUAAAUUCAGAAUUCCUCGAGGAGACCAACAACACAAAUAAGCUACCGGAUCGGGCAUCAGAGAAUACCAAUGCUAGCGAGGCCCCGAAACGUACGCCUCGUAAUCGACUACGUCCUGAUGCGGUGAGAAUACUGAAAUCCUGGUUUCAAGAGCACCAUGACGAUCCUUAUCCGUCUGAGAGAGAGAAGGAUGACCUGGCACGGCAAACUGGCCUAAGUGUGACUCAGAUCUCAAACUGGUUCAACAACGCGCGACGAUCCAAAAGCAGGAGCAAGUUAACUCAGCGGGAAGGCCGUGGCAAUGGCAACUCGCUUUUAUCACCUCUGGAGAGGUGGAAAAACUCGCCACCAGAAACCGAAGCUGCUGCGACUGCAGACAUUAUGCGUGCCCUGGAAGAGCAGCCGUACAUCUCUAACAAUACCGCCACUCGAUCGCUAGCCCCAUACGGCUGCUCGAGCAAUAGCUCGAGUGCUUCUUCGUUUAUCCCGAUGGCACCAUCUGUCAGCAGCUUGGAACGCAGUCAGUCGUCGGGUUCAGAAUUAAACUUCAACAGAAGUCAGCCCCGAUACCAGAGGCCACCUACUCCAAUCCCUGGUAAACGAUCCCGUCGACGUCGAAACCUUGUCCGCUCACUCAGGAAACAGAGGGACAAGGAACGACGCGCAUAUCAGUGCACAUUUUGUGCCGACUCGUUCCUGACAAAGUACGACUGGCAGAGACAUGAGAAGGCUCUACAUCUGCCGGUCGACCGAUGGGUCUGCUCACCCCACGGCGGGGUGGUUGAACUAGACAACAUCCAUGUUUGUGCCUUUUGCCAUUCCCCAGAGACAAGUCCCGAACAUUUUGCAAGCCAUAAUCUUCUCGCCUGUCACAUGAGACCGUUCGAUGAGAGGAUAUUUUUCCGAAAAGACCAUCUUAAGCAACACCUAAAACUAACACAUAAUGUCGGUUGGCUGCCAUCGAUGGAGCAAUGGCGGGCAACGCAGAAUGAGAUUACUUCACGAUGUGGCUUCUGCGGCAGAACCUUCUCAGCAUGGGAUGAAAGAGUAGAGCACGUCGCGGAGCAUUUUAAAUCUGGCGCUGAUAUAAUUCAGUGGAAAGGGGACUGGGGAUUCGAUCCCGAUAUCCAGAAGCAGGUACAGAACGCCAUGCCUCCGUAUCUUUUAGGCUAUGAGCGAAACACCAUGGAUCCUUGGCGAAUAACAGACGUUCCGGGGAAUAACGAAUCUCUCCUAGACGGAAGUAUUCCCAAUGCUCUAAGCAAGUACUCCAAUCUUCAGCGAGAUCUCGUUGCCUACAUUCGAAACCAGCUGGCCGCCAACAUUUACCCUUCAGAUUUGGAACUGCAAGAUAUGGCCCGGCUCAUAGCUUAUGGGAAUAACGAUCGCUUGGAUCAGACAUACGCCGAUGAUCCAGCGUGGCUAGAAAUGAUCAAACGCGAGGCCGGGCUAGAACAUAGACCUGAGCAUGAGUGCGCGGCUCAGCAACUAUUUGCACCUUGA